UUGAGGAGGACUUGAAGGCAGCUUAACUUCUUCUCCGAAGUGAACUUGUGAACAGUAAAGUUCACUACUAGAAGUGGGUUAACGUUACAGUUUAUCAUCUAAACAGAGUCGAGGUGAUCUGAAGAGCCGGGUUUGGUCUUACUGAGGAUGUGAGUGAGUGAACACUGAGUCAGGAAGAUGAAGAAACAACGAUGACGUCGCAGCGGUUAUUUCCCUGAUUUCACAGUCAAUCUGUUAACUUGGUUGUUUUGGAGGAACUUUGCCAUGUAGCUCUUCACACCGUGGGAUGUGCAAGUCGUAUUCUAUCGUCUCUAUCUAAAGACUCGGAUACUUACUGCUUUUUUUUUUCUUCGCAAGACGUCUCACUGACUUUUUUUUUUUGUGCAAAAAUGUUGGAUAAGUUGUCACAUCAUUUUACCGCCGAGGAUGAACUUUUCCAUGGAAAGAGUCGGUGGAGUUCAGCAGCGGUUGUUGUGAUUCUCUUGGGUUUGUUUGCUUCGUCCUGCUGGGCAGAGGAGGCAUCCUGUAAAGGAGCCUACGACCUCUACUUUGUUUUAGACAAGUCUGGAAGUGUCGCUGGUGACUGGUUCGAGAUUUACUCGUUUGUGAAGAACCUCACCGACAGAUUUGUGAGCCCCAACUUGAGAGUCUCCUUCAUUGUUUUCUCAGCCCAAGCUACAGUCCUGCUGCCUCUGACUGGAGACAGAUACAAGAUCGAUGAAGGGUUGAAGCGCCUGCGAGCCGUGUCUCCAGCGGGUGAAACGUACAUGCACGAGGGAAUAAAAGAGGCCGCAGCUCAGAUAAAAUCACAGACGUCUAAAUCCUCCAGCAUCAUCCUGGCUUUGACGGACGGGAAACUGGAAGUGUACGUUCACGAGCUCACAGUGAAAGCGGCUGCAGAGGCGAGGACAUACGGCGCUCGCGUCUACUGUGUGGGUAUCAAGGACUUUGAUGAGCAGCAGCUCGCUGACAUCGCCGACACCAAGGACCAAGUGUUUCCUGUCAAAGAUGGCUUCCACGCACUCAAAGGCAUCGUCAAUUCUAUAUUAAAGCGAUCGUGCAUAGAGAUCCUGGAUUUGGGUCCCUCCAGUGUCUGUGUGAACGAGACCUUCGACAUCGUCGUCACAGGGAACGGCUUCAAGCUCGGCAAGACUAAUGAAGGGGUCAUCUGCAACCUUAAAGUCGGCCAGCAAACCAUCAUUCAAAGGCCGAGUACGGUGCUUAAUGAUUAUCUGCUGUGUCCUGCACCAGCGCUCUAUGAAGUCGGACAGACUAUGGAAGUUCUCGUCAGCUUAAACAAUGGAAAAUCCUUCAUCUCCACCCCCUACAUCAUCACUGCUUCCACAUGUUCAGACGGUUUGGCGGUGGCGAUAGUCUUCCUGGUCCUGCUGAUCCUCGUGGCUUUGGCCCUCAUGUGGUGGUUCUGGCCUCUUUGCUGCACAGUGGUCAUCAAAGACCCGCCGCCGCCUCCUCCACCUUCCCGUCCUCCACCACCUGAGCCGGAGCCACUGCCCAAGAAGAAGUGGCCAACUGUGGACGCCUCCUACUAUGGAGGAAGAGGAGCUGGAGGGAUCAAACGCAUGGAGGUACGCUGGGGGGAGAAAGGCUCGACUGAAGAGGGGGCCCGACUGGAGAAGGCGAAGAAUGCUGUAGUGUCCAUACCGGAGGACGUGGAGGAGCCGAUGAUCAAACGUCCCAAACCGAAGCCUGCUCCCACCUACAAUCGAGCCGAGAACAAAUGGUACACUCCCAUCAAGGGUCGUCUCGAUGCUUUGUGGGCUUUGCUGCGGCGGCAGUAUGAUCGAGUCUCCAUCAUGCGUCCCACCACUGCAGACAAGGGUCGUUGUAUGAAUUUCAACCGCGUGCAGCGUCAGUAGAAGAAGAAGACUCGUGUGUGAAAGCCGACAUGUGCUGAUCGCUGUGGACAAGAGAAGAAUUUCAGGUUUUUUUUUUUUUUGAAGAUUGGUAACCAUGCAGCUAAAACCACUAUCUGUUCACUCCGCUUCACUUCCUGCACAAAGUUUCCUUUCUUCUUCUUCUUCUCUGCCCUUUAGAUCUUUAAAGCACACAGGGUGUAAUGUUAAUAUUAACUCUUAUUCAUUAAGUUAUUGUUUUUUUUUAUUAUUCCCAAAUUUUUUACUUUAAUUAAAAAAAAAAAACAUCAGAGCUGAAGCUCAGGACGCCCCAGAACUCAGACUUUGUUAGCUUUUCGUGCGCUCCAAAGGCUUAACAUAUUCUGACCAUAUUGUGCCUUCUCUGAAAAAUCUAAUUUCAUGGACACAGACGGAAGCUAUCUAAAAAAAAAAAAAAAAAAAAAAAGAAGGAAAAACACAGAGAAAGGGGCUGUUUGCCUUUGGCGUGGAAGUCGGAAUAAUCCCAGUGGGCCUCACAAGUGCAGAAGUCCGUUGCCUUUUGGCAAUGUCUCAUCACGAAUCCUCUCCAACUUCAGCAGUGCUGGAUGCCCGGCGGCCGCCCUUUGACUGGCUUAUCUUGUCAUUUUAACACUGAGAAGUGCACACGCAUGACAAAUUGUAGACAGGAUGCCCCAAGGUAUUGGAAGGCAUCAAGACUUUGCCCUUUCGUUGUUUUUUUUUUUUUUUUUUUU